AUGGCGACCGCUUCACCUACACCGAUGGGCUCCUCCCAUUUCACGUCGCUUGCGAGACGGCCUUCGUCACGACAGGCGUGGAGACAACCGUCGAUGAGGGCGCAGAAGGUUGAGCCUGCGCAGGCGAAGAGAGUUGCGCCCGCGUAUUCGAUGGAUAGCUCUGAUGAUGAGAUUCCGGUUCCUAUGGUGUUUAGCGCUAUCACGAAUGCGAUUUUGAACGACGAUGCGCCUGCGGAGGAUGCGCCGAGGUAUGAGAGGAAGAGUGUCUCGCCGGUGGAAAAUAGGUUGAGGAGGGCGGGAAGCGCGAGUGCUUAUCAGGGUCGAACGUCGCCGGUGGAAAAUAAGAUUCAUAGUCCGCAUCCGAGGAGGAGGGUUGUGAGGUUGAGCAGUACGCCCCUUGGACCUCAGAGGUCAGGAUCGCUAUCGGAUGCCGCCGAUGAACAGCAUGAGGUUCCUGUGGAAGUCAAAGCGGAAAGUCCUCUGGAUUUGAGUACGCCGGCGCCAGUUAAAAGAACUGUACGAGUUACAAGUAUUGCCCAUGGGAGUCGGGGGUCAUCGCGAAGCUCGCUGGAUAAAGGCUCGAGUCGGACGAGCUCUGAGUUACGUAGAGAGCGUGAAGGGUCGGCUUCACAAGAAUAUCCUUCAACAGUUGCUCGAACACAAUUAGCUACCAGCCAAGGUAGCGUUUCAAGAUAUAAUCCAUCAACAAUCGGGCGCAGGAGAGGAGCUGAGGAAAUUGGCUUGCAAAGUUCAAUGCGCAAUCGAGCGGAGAUCGGAGGAAUGUUUGCGCAUAAACCAAUGAGACGGAGGAGAAUGAGGAUGGACGAUGAGGAGCAGAGUCCGGUGGAUGAGCAAGGAGAUGGUUUGAAUGCAGGAGGUUCAAGUCAGGAAUCCCAGAAUCCAGAGUCGCAAGGAUCAGAAUCACAAAGUCAAGAACCUCUGUCUAGUCAAGAGUCAAAACCGCAUCGAACCUCGUUAUAUUCAUCUGGGUAUAGAGACUUCGGUAAUGGUAGCCCAAUUGGCGGUUCAAACGACUUACUCAACUCUGUCUUGCGAUCAAGGUCACCACCACCACCGACAUUGAGUAGUGCCGACAGACUGGCUAAAGAAAUGUCAAAUCGGCGUGCCCCUCUUCAAGCAGUUCAAAAUGAAGAGCAACCUGUGUUCAAAGUGCCUGCCCCAAGACCUGAUUUACCUUCGACGCAUGAUCAGGAGAAUGAGGCACCACCAACGUUCAAGAGGAACAAGGAGCCAGCCGUGUUCUUUGAUAAACUGGAAAAGGCUCCUGUUAGACCAGAUAGCGUGGACUUGAUAGUUGGGCGCGCUACUAUUUCUCCAGUAAGACAGCCGCUGGCAGCUCGAAGCCAAAAUACACCACGAAGACCAGCUCCACCACCACCCAAAAUGUCAUUAUUAGAUGCGGCAACUCGGCCUGCUGGGGCUGCGACUGCCUCAAGUAGGAGCAGAAACCGUGUCAAGGUCAAUGGGAAGAUAUUCACUCGACUAGAUUGCGUUGGAAGAGGAGGCAGCGCGAGAGUAUACCGUGUGAUGGCUGAAAAUUCCACCUUUUACGCGUUAAAGAAGGUCAAUCUCGAAGAUGCUGAUGAGGCAGCUGUGCAGGGCUUCAAGGGCGAGAUUGACCUGCUUGAGAAGCUCAAGGGGGAGGAGCGUGUCAUUCGUCUUUAUGAUUAUGAGAUGAAUGACGAGAAAGGAGUGCUCAGUGUGCUGAUGGAACUUGGGGAAUUGGAUAUGAAAAAGGUUUUGGAUAUCAGAAACAAAAACGAGCAACCCAAGUUCGAUCCUACAUUUGUUCGAUAUUAUUGGAAAGAAAUGCUCGAAUGCAUUCAAGCUAUCCAUCACCAUGAUGUAGUCCACUCGGAUUUGAAACCAGCAAAUUUUGUGGUCGUCAAAGGUCGAUUAAAGCUUAUUGACUUUGGAAUUGCAAAUGCAAUUGAGACUGACGAAACUGUCAACGUCCACCGCGAAAACCAAAUCGGUACACCAAAUUACAUGUCACCCGAAUCUCUCAUCGAUUACAAUGCCAAACCCGACUCUCGAGGACGUAUGUCAGGCAGCGCCACCAAACUCAUGAAGUUAGGCAAACCGAGUGACAUCUGGAGUCUAGGCUGCAUCCUCUACCAACUAACCUACGGCCGUCCCCCCUUCGACCACAUCGCCCUCAUGCUGCCACGCUGCCAAGCCAUCAUCAACUUCAACUACGCCAUCGACUACCCAGCCGUCGGCGUCGGCAACGUUCCCGUCCCCGCUGGCCUCAUCAAGACGAUGAAGAAAUGUCUCGAGCGAGAUCAGUUCAAACGUCCUACCGCCACCGAGUUGCUCAGUGACAAUGAUCCCUUCCUCAAUCCCAUUGAUUUCGAUGACUCGGCGCUCCCGAUCACGGAGGAGUUGCUUGGACGCAUCUUUUUGAGUGUGGCGGCGCAGAUGAAGAAUCGGACGCCGACGGAGAUGGAGUUGAGUAAGGUUUGGCCGCAGGGGUAUUUUGAUAAACUGAGAAGGAAUUUGGCGGAGGGGAAGGGGAUGUGA